UAUGGACUUACAAGAUAACAUCAUUGACCAUUGAGAACAAACCAAAAUGUCCAAUUUGAUCUUAGCUGUCCUUUUUCUUGUAUUUAGCAAAAAUGUAAACCCAGGGGAGGCAACUGGUUGCUUGAAUUUUGUGGGAGACGUUCAUUUUUUACUGAAUACUACCCAGAACUUUGACAUUGAAAGUAUUAAUGGUGAAAAAGACUUUGUAGCAAGAUUCGCGGAAUCUUUUCAGAUUGGAUCAAACAAUGUUCAAAUAGGAGUAACAUUAUUUUCAUCCCAGAUUCAUCAUCAGUUUGACAUGGGGUUGCAUUUAAAUCUCACUUCUAUGCUAGAGGCUAUCGAGUACAUCCCAAAUCGUUUGGGCAGUUCACAGACGGAUAAUGCGCUUGAAUGGGUCUUUAAACAUGCGUUUUCCAAGGAUGCUGGGAACAGAGAAAGUGUGCCUAAUAUACUAAUUGUAUUGACGGAUGUAUAUGCAGUUGCGGAAAUUCAGAGGUUAGCAUCAGGACUCCAAGGGCAUGACAUAAGCGUGUUUGUUAUUGGUAUUGGACUGGUUCCAGAUCUCUCUGAAUUGGCUCAGAUAGUUACACACCAGCAGGGAAUUUCCCCUGUAUCAGCAUCCGGUACGCUUUGGGAUUUACAGAUAAAACUUCAAGAUUCAGUAUGUAAAGAGGAACUUUCAUCUAAUCUGACUCCGUCAAUAGAUAACCUGAGCGCACCAAGAAAUGGUGUCGUCCACACUGUUAGGAAAACAAUUAUAAACACUGAUUAA